UGUGCAACACCACGACCACACAAUCAGUGAAUGGUGUCAACUAGUUACCCGGAUCGUAUGUUACUGGGGAAAUGGUAAUGACGCGAAAGCGAAGUUAUAUUCUUGGCAGGUAACGGAAGCUUCGUAGACAUUACAGCUCCUGACUGUGACCCAGAAACCCAGCAGGAGGAGCUAGCUAAGAGAGAUCCGCCAAGCUAGCCAAGCUAUCUAUCCUGGGCAGAAUGUAGCUCCACGGCGGCGGCGCGCUCGUUAGCGUUCACAGUGCGAAGUGCGAAGAAAUGCAACACGUGAAGGACGUCAGAUUACACGUUUUAGGAAGACGCGUCGCUGCCGUUGUAUUUAUUCCGAUGACAACACCGUCUUGAUUUGAUUUACCUUUCUAAUUCUUCGUCACUGAGCAGUUCCAUGUCAGGGUCCAUGUUCACAGAAUCACAGCUCCCCGACGCCAUUUUGCCGUGAUUGCAGAGGGGCGGGGCCUCUCACUGCAGUCGUGACGUAGACUGUAAACAGGAAGUAGAGCAGCUCGGUGGGAAGAGCAGUUUACUUGCAAAAAACAGAUUAACGUGAACUGACCCGAGAGUCAUGGGCAAAAGCUGCAAGGUGGUUGUGUGUGGCCAGGCUGCGGUGGGCAAAACGGCAGUGUUGGAACAACUACUGUAUGCUAAUCAUGUUGCAGGUUCAGAGCCCAUGGAGACCCUGGAGGAUAUCUACAUCGGCUCCAUAGAAACUGACCGUGGCACACGAGAGCAGGUUCGCUUCUAUGACACCCGUGGACUCCGGGAUGGGAUGGAGUUUCCUCGACAUUACUACACUUUUGCAGAUGGCUUUGUUCUCGUCUACAGCGUUGACAGUAAAGAGUCCUUUAAGCGGAUGGAGGCCCUCAAGAAGGACAUCGACCGCCACAGAGACAAGAAAGAGGUGACCAUUGUUGUGCUGGGUAACAAGCUGGACAAGCAGGAUGAGAGGAGAGUUGACUCUAAUAUGGUACAGAACUGGGCCAAGAAUGAGAAGGUCCGUCUGUGGGAGGUGUCGGUGGUGGACCGGCGCACGCUGAUCGAACCCUUUGUCUACCUGGCCAGCAAAAUGACCCAGCCACAGAGCAAGUCCACUUUCCCUCUCAGUCGCAAUAAGAAUAAGGGCAGCGGGUCUACAGACAGCUGAACGACCAAACACUGUUGUCGUGUUCAAGAGGGAGGAAAAAGAGACAAGAGGUGUAUUAAAGGGAACUGAGUUUCACUAUUUCACAAUUAUUUUGAUAUUAUGAAGGAUUGAGGUCGAUUGUAUGGAUAUUUAUAUACAGUGAGUACUGCUGGUAUUGGUAUAGGAUCCAUAUUUUAUGUUUUGGUGAAAUACAUCCUACUUUAAUUCUAAAUAAGUAAACAUUCUCAUUUUUUAUCAGCUAUGAAAUUGAAGGAUGCAAAGUGCUUUUGUUUGUCAUUCCCAUUGUAUUAGUUUGGAUUAUGGUCAAACUACUCCUCAACAUUCUUUACAAGUACAGCUGUUAUUAUUAUUAUUAUUUCAACCGACACAAUCUAGUUCUCAAACUAUUGAGACACAUUUUUCUCUCAGUUUUUUCCUCAAUAAUCCUGGGUUUCUAUAUCUCUGAGACUCAUGGCGCUCACUGUAUGGACACAUUAGGACCGAGCACACGUGUACACAGGCUACUGUUUUAUUUACAUGUACGCAACAGAUUAAAUCAGAAAUGGCAGCAGUUACUCAUGUUACGUUAAUAUUGCAUCACACAAAUGCUGAAGAUGUUGUAAAAGAUUUGAUGGGUGAAGGUAUUUUAUUGAUACAUUAUUGAUGAUGUACAGUACCUGUGCAGUUUGAUCUGGAGAUGUGUUACACUAUAUUUGUUCUUUGCUGAGAUUCACUGUUGGAUGCCGUACAGUGAAUAAUUGACAUUCCUUACCACAUAUUGCCUUCUGUACAGGCUUUAGAAAUCAAAUGAGAUCAAAAUGUUGAGAUGAGAGGUUUCUGCAGGCUCAAGUGCUAUAUUGUUUCUGGUUGUGACACAUGAAAGACAUUAGAGCGCUCCAUGUAGUAAAAUGCCGUGGCAUUGUCACCAUGACUCAUCAUAUAAUCAGUUACAGUCACUGCUGAGGUUGAAGCUGGUAUAUUUUUUACUAUGCUGUAAAAACUCUAAAGUAUUCAUUGAACUGUUUCUUCAAGUCAAAAUAUGACAAUGGGGAAAGUCAUCGAUAUAGUCUUUAUUCAUGUGUUCGUGCCUCGGGCUCUCAACACUGUAUCAUGGAGUGAUAUCAUGUUCACCUUUUGUGAAUAUCAAGCUUUUAUGUAUACAUUUCUAGAAAAUGUGUUCACUUGAUAUUAGUUUGCAUGUUUUGUAAACAAAUUAAAGAUUGUUGCUGUGCCUACCCAGAA